CUUUUGAAAAUCGGGGAGAAUGAGUAAGAACCUUGGAAUCAAAUCAAAGCCUUGAAACUUAAUCACAUUCAGUUCAGCCUGCAAUUAUAGGAACUGCUUUCAGGUGUAGUUCAAAGAUUUUGAAUUCUGUGAAUUUCGUGAACUAGUUCAUUCCAAGCACUGAGUCAAAUGCAGUCUACCUAACUAAUCUCAAUAAAAUGUCUGACUCUUACAGCGAUGUAAUUGUGUUUAAGAUAAAUCUUCUGUCACAGGUACAGUGUGGGCACAGGUAAGGAAGUCACAGGCAACCCUUCUUCUUUGCAAAGUACCUUAGGAGGAGGUGAUGUGCAAAGAGGAAGGGAUGGAAGGGAAGGGAACAAUUCAGCCUUCACUGCCCAGUUGCUUUUCUUCUGAAAUUUUCCGCUUUCUUACGGUGUUUGAGACUCAGGGAUACCUUUCAACAGUGGCUGUGAAGCCAAGUAGAUGGAAAAAUCAUCUAAAGGAGGGGGAACAAGUGGCAGAGCAAAGUUUGAGCAUUCUGCUCAGUUCUGUCCCCUCUCUGAUGCAAUUAAACACUCCUGAGAGAACUUUCAAAGGGAGAUUAAGUCAGCAGGUGGUUUGGAUGCAGCUGCAGAAUGGCAUAAUGGGGUUGGGGGGUUGGAUUGAACUGGAACUCCAUGCAAGACACUUGUGGGAAGAGGCUGGCCCCAUGCAAGAUCCAGCAACUACAUUUAACAAAAGUGUGUUUGCAUUUUACACAAUUCAAUGCUGUUUCUAUGUGCUAUUGUUUAGCCCUUUCAUGUUCUGGAGAAUACAUGGUUGCACGCAUCAGCAAAGCGUAUCUCCGGUUGCUGGGUUAUAAUGAAUGGAGUCUGUACCUGAAUUCUUCAGACUCUUUCUGCGCACCUCAGAUUACACAAUACUAUGUGGUCUUCAAUAUACCAUUCAGUGGGUGUGGCACAAUAAGACAGCAGGCAAAUAAUGACACCAUCAUCUAUUCCAACAUAAUCAAGACAUCAGCUUCUGGUUAUAUCAUUACAAGAAAUAGUAACUUUCAGUUUCACAUCAUGUGUGAAAUGAACAAGACUGCUGUUGUAGAGACAGUGUUUGUUGCUCGUAAUUCCACUGACAUUACUGAACUAGGACAUGGCAGUUACAAUGUGACACUUGCCUUCUUUGAUUCGUGGUCUUUCAACUAUCAAGUUCGCUCUUCUCCAUACUUUGUGUCACUCAAUCAAGCGCUCUACCUCCAAGCUACUCUCCACAGUUCUGAUCCAAACUUAGUACUAUUUCUAGAUACGUGUGAAGCAUCUCCAAACUCUGGUGACUUCACAACUCUGACCUAUGACUUAUGGAGGAGUGGAUGUCCACGAGACUCUACCUUCAGAUAUCUGGGAAAUCCAAGGAGAAACGAAGUUCGUUUCAUGUUCAGCUCCUUUAAGUUUCUUAACUAUCACAAUGAAGUUUAUUUGCGGUGCAAACUAGUAGUGUGUAAGGCGUAUGAUUACUCAUCCCGAUGCUACCAAGGAUGUUUAACUAGAAAGAAGAGGGAUGCAGAUGAACUUCAGGAGAAGGUUGAUGUGGUUGUAGGACCAAUCAAGCUUCAAAAAGAAGCUAAGGAAGACAAAAAACAGGAACUGGCUUAGAGCGCAAGUCUAGAAAAGGAUAAAGCUGAAAUCCUACUUACUGUUACUACUGUACUUCUGGCAGCCACGGUCUCCAUCUGGCUUUCUUAUAAGCAGCAAACUGAAACCAACUGAUUCCAAUGCAUCACCAAUGUAAAAAUUAAGCACUUUCUCCACACAAAAAAGCUCUGCUUCUAGCAUGUAUUUCUAAAAGUAAUCAGUUCCUUCUAAGAAAGUAGUUUGUAAUCCAACAAACCUACAGACAGACACAUUUACAUUUUAGCACAAGCAAGAACUCAGUUAAGUCCAAAUAUUGGGAUUUAAUAUUCAUACUGAUCAAGAACAUUAGUUAUACCCAGCUGCUUUUACUUAAUGUCAUUGUGGAAAGGAUCGCAUUCUCCUUUUAAUUCCCUCCCCUUCUAUUGUCUAUGGUUAUAUCAUUUAAAUCAAAGUCCCAGACCCUAUGUAUACCAGUUAUGAUAAUAACCUUUCUACACAUAAACAUUACAGUUGGAAACUUUACAUGUCAGAUGUGAAUAGUGACUAUAUUUCAUGAAGGAUUUGUCAGAGUCUUUAAUGAAAAUUUAUGCCAAAUUAUAUGAAAUUUAUUUUGCUUCCAACUACUUUCCAAUAAAAUCCAUGCAAG